AUGGUCUGGGUGAAACAUGGCGGCUAUGGGCCUUUCGUUUAUAAGGUGAUCGAACGUUUAAGGACGACUAUGACUGUACCACCGGAAUCUCUUUCCUCGAAUGCGCUCGUACCUUGUGCCUCUGCUGAAUCCCUAUCUGUGAACCUUGCACCUAUUCUCAAAUCUUUCUUGGCCGGCACGGCGUACGAGCCUCCGACUGCAACCGGCACCAAUGAGCAGUUGGUAGCCGCUAUGCACGCCGAAAUGGAAGCACGAGACAUCGCUUCUUCGCAGCUAGAACGGCUGUUACGCGCUAGCGCCGAUUUUGUGGAGUUGUCCUAUCCAUACUACGAUUUCAAAGAGAAAAAGAUCGUCGCAUUGUACCAUUGGUAUAUGGUAUACCUUGACGGACUAGUGUCCACUGACGCGGAGCCGCUUCUUGCUUUCCAAGAGCGGUUUCUCCGCCGGCAACCCCAACUGGAUCCGGUCCUCGACGCCCUCAGUGACGUCUUCAUUCAGCUCUACGACAUCUUCCAGCCGCAUUGCGCAAACCUCAUUCUCUCAUCCUCGCUAGAGUUUCUCACGGGCACCGCCUUCGAACCACAGAUCAAAGCGUUGACCCUCGACCGCACCGCGAAGCAGUUUCCGUGGUACCUGCGUGAGCUCACGGGCAUAGCAGAAGGAUUUUCCCACCUCGUCUUCCCCAUGCGGCUCGGUAUCAACGUCCUGGAAUACAUCAAGGUCAUACCAGAAAUGUGCCGCUGGCUGAACGUGUCGAAUGAUCUUCUGUCGUUCUACAAAGAAGAGCUCGCCGGAGAGACUGCCACCUAUGUCUGUCUGCGAGCAUUGGUUGAGAACAAAGACGCGAUCCAAGUGCUCGCGGAGGUGAAAGAUGAGCUGCUUUCAUCGCAAGAGAUCAUCCAUGCGACGCUGGUCGCCUGCCCUGCGGCUCUUCGUACCUGGAAAUCCUUUGAGCAAGGCUACAUUUUCUGGCAUCUGUCUCAGGACCGCUACAAGCUGCGAGACUUGGACUUGUAG